AGAUAAGAGCAUGGGUGCAAUGAUGCUAUCUAUGUAGAGGCAGGGGUGUGGGGGGUGUGGUACUAAAGGCCCAUCUACAUAGAGCUGGAUGCAGAUUUGUCCAAAGGGGAACAGGAGAAGGGCUGAAAAGCAGAAAGGGGGAAGGACCGAGAGAGAGAAGGCUACUGGAGGAGGUGAAGUCAGUGAGAAAAGGGAGAGGAGUCAUCAGAAGGCAGCAAUGACACUCUUCAAGACUGCCCCUGUAGUCCACAUCUUCAGCAGCCGUGAUGGGGACAUCAUCGUCCGCUCUGACCUUGGUUGCUACCUGCUCCUUUCUGCCCUCCCCACCUCACCCUGCCUCAAGACGCACCUCUUGCACCCCUCCCUUCGUGGUGGGGACCACUACUUCGGCUCCUGUUGGCACUCCUCCCUAUAUGUUAUCCAUGGCAAUAUGUAUGUGGAGGCCACAGACCUGAGUGAGGGGCCAGUCACACAGGCCCAACAGCUCCACCCCACAUGCCGUGGGGGGUGCCGGUACUUUGCCAUCCCUGAAGGGUUCCUCAUUGCUUUCCCAGAUACUGUGCGGCUUGUGAAGAACCUGAAAACUGGGCAGCAAGCUGCUGACCAGGCUCUGAAACUGCCCCAGCGACCUGAAGAACAUGGAGUCCUAAGUUAUCUUUACUGGUAUGUCCCGGACUACGUCAACAACAGCUUCUUCUCUUUGCACCCACGUGUGAUGGACUUCCUCCCUGGGGAACUCGGCCAAGCCCAAGGCACCUGGGAGCUCAUUAAGGCCCUCCACAAGAACUCUGACUCCCUCAUCAGCCAGUCUUUCAAGGCAGCAAUGCCACCCUCCAAGACUGCCCCUGUAGUCCACAUCUUCAGCAGCCAUGAUGGGGACAUCAUCGUCCGCUCUGACCUUGGUUGCUACCUGCUCCUUUCUGCCCUCCCCACCUCACCCUGCAUCAAGAUGCAACCCUUGCACCCAUCCCUUCAUGGUGGGGACUACUACUUCGGCUCCUGUUGGCACUCCUCCCUAUAUGUUAUCCAUGGCAAUAUGUAUGUGGAGGCCACAGACCUGAGUGAGGGGCCAGUCACACAGGCCCAACAGCUCCACCCCACAUGCCGUGGGGGGCACCGGUACUUUGCCAUCCCUGAAGGGUUCCUCAUUGCCUUCCCAGAUACUGUGCGGCUUGUGAAGAACCUGAGAACUGGGCAGCAAGCUGUUGACCAGGCUCUGAAACUGCCCCAGCAACCUGAAGAACAUGGAGUCCUAAGUUAUCUUUACUGGUAUGUCCCAGACUACGUCAACAACAACUUCUUCUCUUUGUACCCAGACGUGAUGGACUUCCUCCCUGGGGGACUCGGCCAAGCCCAAGGCACCUGGGAGCUCAUUAAGACCCUCCACAAUAACUCUAACUGCCUCAUCAGCCAGUCUUUCAAGGUACUCUGCAAGAUGGGCUUCGCACAAGAGAUAUUGGCCAAAGUUGGGCAUGACUGGAACAUUUCUUUGCCAGGUUGUGAUGAGCCAGAAGCCCUGGGCAUGAUUCUGGCCAAAGCCCAGUUCUCCUUGCCGGCUCAGUACGGUGGGUUGGGGCUCAACACAGAGCAAGAAGACUGGGCCCACCUUAGGGAGGAGGAAAAGAUCCUCAAGCUUUCAAUGAAACCCCAACAGAAGGCCUACAUAUGGCAGUAUCAGCUUAGCCUGGACAACAAAAUCAUUUUGUUCUGUCAUGAUCUCCAGGUGACCCAUGAUCCCAGAGCACCAUUGGAGGUGCCCCUAUCUUCUUCAUCUUCUUAGCCCCACCCUGGGACCUCUUGGUGUGGCUUGAGUGACAUUCAGCUGUGCUGUGUGAGAAGUAACACCUGUUGGUCAUAACUCAAAAAUUAGUCCUUGAGAAGCAAGCCUGAGAAUCAGAUCCUUUUGGGUUCUUUGGGAAGAGGAAAGCUCUUUGAGUGCAGGAGGAGCCUUUUCCUGCUACACAUAAGUGGCCUUUCAGCUGCAAUCAUUGCUAACUUGCACCUUUUGCACUGUCAUGGUUUGGAAAGCCAAUAAGGAGGAGUUGGAGGUCACUUCAGAACCAGAAAAUUGCCACACAUUGACCCUAAGACUGGGUUAUCUUUUAUCAGACAUGGACAGUGUGUCCUGGACUCUGAAUAUCCCACUGUGGCUAUUACUAUUACUUGCAGGGCUAUGUGACUGUGAAACACAGCUAGAACUGAAUUAAAUGACUUCUUGUCUCCGCUUGCUUCCUGGGGGCACAUGCACUGGGCCAGGAGCAAGGAGAUGCGUGAGUUAUCAAACUACUUCUGUCUGUUUGUGGUGUAGUUUGUGCUCCCUGCGUAGAGGUCACAGGCAUUGAAACUGGCACUCUGAACACAAAAGCAGCCCCCCUGCCCCAAAUCCCACCCAGGCUGCUUGUCAAACAAGGCUACAGUUUCAAGCUGCAGAAGAUAACAACGUACUCCUGUUGCUCGCUUCUGUUAGCUUUGCCUGUCUGUACCAUAGCAGGUGGGACAGGGUUUGAACCUGCAUUUCUACCACAGCUGGCACAAUGAGCCCCUAGACUAGGUCUGAGUUGUUACUAUAAUGCAAAUCACAUUGAAAAAUGACGACAGUGAGGAUUGAAGCCCUAAGCUAAAGACAUUGGUAGAGGACUGAUGUGUUGCAAGCAUUGAAACAAGGCGCCUGCCAGUUCCAAGCCAUCCAAAGCUGAAACCAGCUUUCACCCUCAGGAAAAGCAGAAUCACUGGAUGGCCUUGACAAUCCCCAGUGUGCGAUGGUAAAUCCUGAGAUUAUAUUCAGUUUUGAAAACCCUGGAUCAUCAUUAAAUAUCUCCAGACUGCAUCUUUACAUCGGCCAGUUGUGUUUGAAAGUCCUGUGGAUGGGACUGAUGAGCCCAACAUUGUAUUGGGCAAGUGAGACUUGUGUGUGUCAAUCAUUAGAUUGUGUUUGCAAAUUGUGAGAUAUUCAAAACAAAGCAAAUCAAAAUAAAAAGACACGUUGGUUUUGGGAUUCUCGC